AACAAAAGGACUCUAUACAACGGAGAGAGUAGUAAUAGUGGUCAUUUCAUUAUUCCAACCGAGUAACGCCGUUUCCUUUCCCACCAACGGAUUUUCCUCUUCCGCUUCCGCUUCCGUAACCGUCGUCGUCGCUCCUUCGCUUCUCGAUAACUCUUACGUUAGACGCUGUCCUCCAAACGGGAUCUCGUCGUGGGAAUAAAGAGGAUUCAUUCGGAUUGGUUUCAACACGAAUCGUUUUGGCUUCCGGGAUAUUUUCUUAUUAUUGCCUUUUUUUUAAAAAAAAUUUUUCCUCGGGCGUUGACUUGCGUUGAAGCAUGUUGAACCGUGCGUCAAAUGUUUCGGCUGAAGUGGUUGGUUCGGGUGAGAGUGAGGAUGAGCUGUAUGAGCAGCUGUGGAAGGCUUGCGCGGGACCACUUGUGGAUGUUCCUCGUGUUGGCCACAGAGUGUUCUAUUUUCCGCAAGGUCACAUGGAGCAAUUGGAGGCUUCAACCAACCAGGAAUUGAAUCAGAGGAUUCCUCUGCUGAAGCUUCCCACGAAGAUCCUUUGUCGUGUCAUCAACGUUCAUUUACUGGCUGAACAAGAAACGGACGAGGUUUAUGCGCAGAUCACUUUGGUGCCGGAAUCUAAUCAAGAUGAGCCUACAAGUGCUGAUCCAUGCACUGCUGAACCUCAAAGGGCACCGGUUCACUCGUUCUGCAAGGUCUUAACUGCUUCAGAUACCAGCACCCAUGGUGGCUUCUCGGUUCUCAGGAAACAUGCCACGGAAUGCCUUCCUGCGUUGGACUUGUCCCAACCAACACCAACUCAGGAAUUGGUCGCGAAGGAUCUUCAUGGCUAUGAAUGGCGCUUUAAGCAUAUAUUUAGAGGUCAACCUCGCAGACACUUGCUCACGACUGGAUGGAGUACUUUUGUGACAUCCAAGAGAUUGGUUGCUGGAGAUACCUUUGUCUUUUUGAGAGGGGCCAAUGGGGAGUUACGUGUUGGUGUGAGACGUCUAGCUCGUCAGGCAAGUAGCAUGCCUUCAUCUGUGAUUUCCAGUCAGAGCAUGCACCUGGGAGUUCUCGCAACCGCUUCUCAUGCUGUUUCAACUCAGACUCUUUUUGUAGUAUAUUAUAAGCCAAGGACGAGCCAGUUCAUCAUAGGCGUGAACAAGUAUUUGCAGGCCAUGGACAACAAGUUUAGCGUUGGCAUGAGGUUUAGGAUGAGAUUUGAGGGGGAUGAUUCUGCUGAGACUGACAAAAGAUUUUCGGGUACUAUAGUUGGAGUGGAAGAUAUUUCUCCUUAUUGGGUAAAUUCAAAAUGGCGAUCCCUCAAGGUUCAAUGGGAUGAACCUGCAGCUGUUCCAAGACCUGAUAGGGUUUCACCAUGGGAGAUAGAACCCUUUGUUGCUUCUGCUUCUACUCCUUCGGUCCAACCUGCUAUAGUAAAGACUAAAAGGCCCCGACCUCCCAGCGAAAUUCCAGAAGUUGACACGACGUCUGCUGCUUCUGUUUUCUGGGAUGCUGGUCUGCCACAGGCUGAUAAUAUGGCACAAAUCAAUGUUUUGGCUGAAAGCAAACGGAAUGAAAAUACUGGUACAUGGCAUCAUUUGCAAACUGACAUGAAUAGUAAAAGCAACAGCAACAACACUAUGUUGAGGAAUCAGACAGAAGGAAGUUGGCUAUCUUCUCCCCAUUCCAGUUGCCCACCUCACUUGUUUCAGGACACAACAGAUGAUAGCAAGAGUGUCUCAGCUUGGCCUGUUUCAAAGCCUCCCUCAUCCAGAUUGAACCAUGACCAUGCACCCGACCAAGUUGACAAGGAGAGCAAAGUUGAGACAGCUACAAGUUAUCGUUUAUUUGGAAUUGAGCUUAUUGAUCAUUCUAGGAACUCACCUGCUUUGGAGAAGGCAUCUGCACAUGCAGUAAAUGUACCCAAAGUUACUACCGAAGGCAGUGCCAGCACCUUGUCCCGAGCCGAUGCUGGCCAAAAGUCGGAGGUACCAAGGGCUUCUUCGAAAGAGAGGAAACAAGAACAGCAACAAGUAUCCCCAAAGGAGAGUCAGAGCAAGCAAAUUUGUCGAAGUCGCACCAAGGUUCAAAUGCAGGGUGUUGCGGUGGGGCGUGCUGUGGAUUUGACCAUGUUGGAUGGGUAUAAGCAACUUAUAAAUGCAUUGGAGGAGAUGUUUGACAUAAAGGGACAACUUCAACACAGGAAUAAAUGGGAAAUUGUCUUCACCGAUGACGAAGGGGACAUGAUGCUUGUAGGAGAUGAUCCAUGGCCUGAGUUCUGUAAUAUGGUGAGAAGAAUCUUCAUUUGUUCAAGUCAGGAUGUGAAGAAGAUGAGUUCUGGAAGCAAACUUCCAAUCUCUUCUUCAGUGGAAGAUGGGACCGUAAUAAGCUCAGACACAACCGAAACCUGAAACUGUGACAUUCUUUCUUGUGGUUUUACGUAUGUUUGUCAGCACCCAAAUGCUGAUCCCUUCUUGUUGCUUCAAUUGUUUGAGGGAAAGAAGUUAGUCUAUAUUUGGGCUGGGUAAGUUUCAUGUUAUUAGAUGUGAAACACUAGCUAAUUGUAACUUAAUUUGUAGAGACACCAGACAUUAAUUGUGCUAGAAAGACCAAAACAGAUUUCUUUAAUAAAUUAGUGGGAGAAGGCAAAUUAGGCUUUAGCAUCUUGUGAAUAUUCAAUGUUUUAAGUUAGACAAAGAAUGUUGGGGGGUUCAUGUUUCAAAGACUUUGCCUUAAGGGCUUAUUCAUUCAUGAUUUGUAUGCAUAUAAUGUGCACUGUGGUGCCCUCUAAAAUUCUAGUCUGGGUGAGUCAAAUGUGUCUGUUGCCGUCAUCUGUGAAUGUAAAUUAUGGCAUUAAAUUGCUUCAAUUGUAUUGUUCAGAAAUGCAGUGGUCCACUGUGCCAGUGAGUCACUGAUUACCCUGACAAAUGGGUUGAAUCUUGCAAGGUGGUGGCACCCCUCAAAAUUCAACAACAGUAAAAUUUCAUGUUACCUCUCAAA